AUGGAUAAGUUUCAGGCGGUGCUAAACCUGCACCUGCAGCAUCCCCGCGCGCUGGGCUACGGCCUGGUGACGCUCCUGACGGCGGGCGGGGAGCGCCUGUUCUCCGUCGCGGUGUUCCAGUGCCCCUGCAGCGCCGCCUGGAACCUGCCGUACGGCCUGGUCUUCCUGCUGGUGCCCGCGCUGGCGCUCUUCCUGCUGGGCUACGUGCUGAGCGCGCGCACCUGGCGCCUGCUGACCGGCUGCUGCGCGCGCGGCGCCCGCCCCGGGGGCUGCGGGCCGCGGCUGCGGGCCGCCCUGGUGUGCGUGCAGCUCAGCGCCACCGCCGCCGUCGCGCCGCUCACCUGGGUGGCCGUGGCGCUGCUCUGGGGCGCCUUCUACGAGUGCGCGGCCAGCGGGAGCGCCCCACUGGCGCGGCUGCUGUGCCGGGGCCGCGACCCCGCCUGCGAGGCCCAGCUGCCGCUGGCGCCCUGCCACCAGGCCCGGGCGCCCGACGCGCAGGACCUCCUGAAGGAGCUCAAGGCCCAGUCUCAGGUGCUGGGCUGGAUCCUAAUCGCAGUUGUUAUCAUCUUCCUUUUGAUUUUUACAUCUAUCAUCCGAUGCCUAUCUCCAGUUAGUUUUCUGCAGCUGAAAUUUUGGAAAAUCUAUUUGGAACAGGAGCAGCAGAUCCUUAAGAGUCAAGCCACAGAGCAUGCGACAGAAUUGGCCAAAGAGAAUGUUAAAUGUUUCUUUGAGUGCUCACAUCCGAAGGAAUACAAUACCCCAAGCAUUAGAGACUGGCAGCAGAUUUCAUCACUAUAUACUUUCAAUCCAAAGGAGCAGUACUAUAGCAUGUUGCACAAGUAUGUUCAUAGAACAGAGAAGAGUGAGAGCAUCAAAUCUAAAGAAGGAGAUACAGUGAUUCCCAUUCUUGGCUUUGUGGAUACACCUGGUAUGCACACUACUGCUGACUUAUGACCUUAUUAAUGGAUAUGAGGAAAGUUCUUUUGAGUUAUCGCUUCAUUUUAAAAAAUCAACUUUGGUAUUUUUAUGACUUUUUUUUCGAUUUUUCAAAUUGUGGAAACAAUUUUAAAUCAAAUAAAAAAUUGAGAACUUUA